CUCCUCCUCCUCCUCCUCUUCCUCUCCUCUCCUCCAUACCCUCCCUGACUCACACCUCUCCUCCUCCUCGCCCCUCAGUCCUGACAGAGACUACAACGGGACUACAAAUCCCUUCAUCUCCUCUUCAUUCACCACAGCAGAGCUGCCUCUGGGAGAUGUAGUCCAGACCACCGCCUCACCUCUGACCCCUGAUCGACCUCUAAUGGUUACCACGACGACCAGCACCACGACGACGGACAGUGAAUCGCAAUGGCCAGAGACGGACACAGACACACCCCUGCUCUCACACACGCUACACACGCCAUCCAAACACACACACCUUUGUUGGACAUGUCACCUGCACACACACCUCUCUCACAGACACCUGUACUGUCCUCAACCGCGGCGUCCUCCCCCUCACCACUCAACCCUAUCCAGGAUCACACCGCCACCCAUCCUGACCACUCAACCGCGGCGUCCCCCCCCUCACCACUCAACCCUAUCCAGGAUCACACCGCCACCCAUCCUGACCGUUCUGUUUUGACCCCGACCCCAACAGCUCUGACCUCUGACCCCAGUGGUUCGAACACAACUCCCCUCUACUCUGUCGUCACAACCACAACCACAACACAACCAUCACUGACCACGAAACAACCAUCCACAACCACAACACAACCAAUCUCUUCCACACAUUCCACACAGUCGUUCCCCAGGCUCAGGACCACCAGACCCCCACCCUGGUCCGCCCCUCACCCCAGCUCCACACACAGACCCAGGGUCUUCAUCCUGUCUGACCGGCCUGCUACCAUCAAAGAAGAGUCCAUUGAGUUGCUGCUGCAGGUGAUUGUGGAGGAGAGCAGCUCUGACCCGACCAGCAGUCUAGAGGACGACACUAUAGCCUGGGUGGUGCCCUACCUCCAGAGAGCCCCGGGAUUCCAGGACCUGCAGGGGGUUUGGAGCAGGUGAUUUGAGACUGUGUUUCUGAUAGACAAUGAAU